AUGGGAAAUCCCAAACUAUACGUUGUGUUUUAUCGCCCUCGCUACGGCAAUUACCAUCAUUGGGCUUUGUACGUCGAUGAUGAAGACGUGCCAAUGAUCUUUGAAGUCAUUGGACAACAUCCGAAUUUCAUGCGCAAUGUUGUGAAGGCCAAGGCUGAAAAGUCUAAGAGCUUUCUAGGCAAGGAAUACGUUGGGACGGUGGAAUGGGACUGCCAGGACUACGUGCUUGAGAUCCUUGAUAAGCUGGAGGAUGAGUUUGUUCUGGAGGAGGACGAUGAAGAUUAUCGUGAAGCGCGAAGAGUUUUGAAGGAGAAAAAGGGUGCAAUUAUCUGA